AUGAUUCAAGGUCAUCGAGAGCGGCCGAGAGCGGUGGAAAGUCACAGUUGCAAGUGCUCCAAUAAUGAGCGUCUUCUGCAAAGCGUUGUACUCAGAAACGUUUCCUCACCGUUAACUUGUACACAUAAAGCAUUACUUGCACGAAGGCAUGCGACGCGCCUGGUGACAGCGACAACGUAUUAUCAGCGUAAACAAUUCAAAAGAAGAGGCGUUGCUGCUGCUGCAGCGCAUAGCCAAGGCUUCCAGCCAAAGCAGCAAGAACAUCAACCACCAGUUCCGAUCGCCGUACUGUCGUACAACGACAGUCCAGAGGUGGCUCAAGAAGCCAUCGAAACGUUUGCAGCAGCAUUUGAGGACGACCCCACAACCGUAUACUUCUGCAGGCCCGGUCAGGGGCGGCAGUUCUACCGCUGUGCCUUGGGUCAGCAGCUGCGGGGGCAGCCGGGGGACAGGCAGCUCGUAUGCACGUUACCCCCAACCGCCGCCGCCAUUGCCUACGUCUAUCCACGUCGAGAGCCGCACCCACAGCAACAACAACAGCACCCACAGCAACAACAGCACCCGGCGUCACUACCCCUGGCUCCGCCCCUGGCAGAGGUUCCCCCGUUGCAACCGCAUCCAAGCGACCAGCAACAACAGCACCAGCACCAGCAGCAGCAGCAACAGCCCCCGCAGGAGCCGCUUCAACCGGUGGGAGGCUGCCAACAGCAACAGCAGCUGCCCCCGCAGCCCCCGCAGCCCCCGCAGGAGCCACCGCAGGA